UGUGCUUGUAGGAUGGGGCUCUGCUGGUUUCUGCAUUGGGCAGGAGGUGUUUCAGGCCACGUGCUGGAGGGGAAGCAAUGGCAGGGAAGUCAAAUUCAUGGGUACAGGGCAGAUGCUUUUCCCCCAGUGUUUCCCAGCCUAUGAAAUCCCCACUGGGUUGGCUAUAAAGCAGCCUGGCAGUGGCUCGGGGGCAGUGAGGAUGCGGGCGCUGCAGGCGGCACUGGCCCUGGGCCUGCUGCUGAGCAGCCUGCUGCCAGGGAAUGGUCUGUCACUGGAGAGCCUGCUGACCAACAAGAGGUGCAAGUGUGUCAAAGUGACUGCCCAAGUCAUCGGCCUGGGGCUCAUCCUCGCCAUUGACGUGACACCACCGGGUAUUCACUGCCGGAGGAAGGAGAUCAUCCUCACCCUGAAGAGGAACAAGAAGGUGUGUGUGGCCCCUGAGGCACCCUGGAUCCAGCUGCUCAUCCACAAGCUGACGCAGAGGGAUGUCACCAAAAAAGAAGUGGCGGCCGUCGCUCGGUCACGGGGGGAAGCGGGGAGACAGCCACCGGCCCCAUAGCAGGACCUGCAUCCCUUCCCCAGCGCCGCCCGUCCCUCCCUCUGUCCAGCCCUGGUUUUGGCUGGGGAAAGGAGCCUUUCUUCCCCUCCAACCUCCCCAAAAAACCAGGCUGUCUUGCCAGACCCUGGUGUUGCCCUACAUUUUGGUGAUUCUGCUGUCCCCAUGCAUGAUGCCCAUCCAGGGCUCAAUUAAACUCUGAGUGCUCUGCCCUUGACUCUUUCCAUGAA